GCAAAAUCAUUCAAUGUUGCAGGUUAAGAAACACAAAUUUCCAGCCAUUAGAAGAGACAUCAUUUCUUCUCCAAGAAUCAUUAUAAUCUCCAAAAAUGUUAUGUUAUCAAGUGCAUGCCUGUAUUUUUCUUUCUCUCUUCUUAGGGUUUCCAUCCACCAAUGCCACAUUGCAGCACAUAAUGUUUCCAACAAUCUAUGUUAGUCCCUCAGGGGAAGGCAAUUUCACAACCAUCCAAGCUGCUAUUGAUUUUGUGCCUGCAUACAACCAAAGAUGGACUUGUAUACACAUCAAAAGAGGCCUAUAUAGAGAACAAGUCAGAAUCCCUUAUGAUAAGCCGUUCAUCUACCUAAAAGGAGAAGGGCAGCGGAAAACUUACGUUGUUUGGGAUGCUCAUGAUUCUACUGCAACCAGUGCUACCUUCACUUCUCAGGCUGACAACACAAUUGCCAAAUACAUAUCCUUCAUAAAUUCUUACAACUCUCCUCAUAAGAGUAACAAUCCAAUGAGGCCAGCAGUAGCAGCCAUGAUACAAGGAGACAAAUCAGCCUUUCACAAAUGUGGCUUCUUCGGACUGCAAGAUACAUUAUGGGAUGAACAAGGUCGACACUAUUUCAGUCGUUGCUCCAUUCAGGGAGCAGUCGAUUUCAUCUUUGGCGCUGGCCAGUCCAUUUAUGAGAAAUGCACCAUAUCAGUUGUUGCUAGAGCUCUAAAUGGGGUCCCAGGCUACAUAACAGCUCAAGGAAGAUCACAUGCCCAAGAUACAAACGGGUUCGUAUUCAAGAACUGCAACAUAGUUGGAAAUGGAAAGACGUUUCUGGGAAGACCUUGGAGAGAGUAUGCAAGAGUCGUAUUUUACAACACAUCAAUGUCGAGCAUCGUUGUGCCUCAGGGAUGGGAUGCUUGGUUCAGCGCCGGCCGCGAGGAUUGGUUGACCUUUGCUGAGCACAAUUGUCGGGGUGUAGGUUCAAACACCUCAAGGAGAGUGAAGUGGGAGAAGAAGCUAAGCCAAAGGUAUUUGAAGCAGUUAACAAGCAUUUCAUUCAUUGAUAAUGAAGGGUGGAUGAACAGGUUGGCUUUCGGCUUGUAGGAUGCUUGUUUAAA